GAUGGCUCUGGUGACCAAACCCAAGAAAUGUUUACUCAGACCUACUCUGUCACAGCUAAAUCAUCUCUCUAUAGCACUAAGGCACCAACAACAGCGUCUCCUGUUACAUCAACUACCUUUUUAGCUGCCAAUCAGAUAACAGAGAUUUCCACCAAAGAGACUGCAACAACUCUGCCAUCAACAAGUGACAUUGCAAUUACACAACAACCUCAACUGCUAUCAAGCACAACUAUCCCGAUCAUUGAUGAAUUUGAGUCAAGUUCUUCAAACACCUUGAUAGACAAACACAGCUCAACUGUUCAAACAACAGAAAUUUUAACAGAGGAAUCAUCGGCCAACUUUUUUUUGGCAACCACUGACCAAACAGUAGUUCCAAGCAGCCACUCAGACAUAGUGAUUGGCAGCUCACAGCAAACAGCUACUACAUCUCCAAGCACCACGCAGCCAUCCAUUCCUAUUAUUGAUGACAUUGUUGAUCAAAACCCUGAUUUUACUACCAAAGUUGCGGGUAAAACAUCAACCACCAUCUCUUCAUUGUUCAGUACAGAAACACCAGCAAUAACAACAGCAUUCCUUGCAACUGAAAGGUCAGAAUCUGUGGUUAUUACAUCUUUGUACAGUACUGAGAGGCCUAUUUCACCUAACACAGAAAAGAGCACAGGAUCAAUAUUAACUGAUGAAGAAGGUUCAGCUGAUGUAGCCACUACACCUGUUUCUUCCAUGUUCAGUACAGACACACCACCAGUAGUGUUAGAAACAACAAAGAGCACUGCAACAGAUGAAACAUCAUUUGCUCUUACAGAGGUUCUCACGAAAGCAACAGUGGAUACAGCUACCACAGUGUCUUCAAUGAUUAACACAGAGAAGCCAUUAUUGACAACAGCCUCACUUGAAACAACUGAAACAAGAGAAGUUUUAAAAUCUCAUGUUACUGCUGCUUCAUCUCUCUACAGUACUGAGAAACCAACACCCUUGCCACCAAUUACCUCCAGCCAUUAUCAAAGCAAAUUCACAUUCUCUACAGCAAUAGAUGAAAUUCAGGCAGCUGAAACUCAGAGCAUAUCGCCUGGUGUUGAAUCAUCAACACAAUCCUCACCAAAGUUCAUGACAGAGAAAUCUAAAGAUCCUACCCAAUUUUCUACUACAACUGAGGCAAUGACAAAAUCAAUGCCAGGAAGUGGUGAUUUUACAGAAGGAGAGUAUUCAGGAGAUUACACAUAUGUACCUUCAGAUGAAAAUCCCAUAAAAACACCAACAGCUACUGAGCAACCGACUGUGGAACAAACAACCAUAGCAACAACCACAUUUUCACCAUCAAUUACAUCCACAUUUGUUGAGGAAAAAAGUUCAAGUAAUGGAGAAUUUACAACUGUCACAUUAAGCCCCUAUAUGCUUAAAACCUCUCAACCUAUGGCAAUCCCCAGUGUCACAGUGUUUUCCUCAAAGGAACCUUCUACUUACAUUGACGAUGAAAGUUCUGGUUACUUAACUACAGAAAAUGAUUCAGAGUCAGGUCUGGACGGAUCUGGUGCGGAGGAAUCCAUUGAGACUACCACAAAACCCCAGGAUGAAUUUGUUGUGACUACCGAUGAGACUGAAAUAGAUGAAAUGGAGAGUGCAUCAAGUGCUGCAUCCUCGACUCAAUCCAGUGUACAGAUUACAAGUACAUUUAUGUCAUCAACCCAAUCUCCACAUAUGACAAGAACUGAGAUUUACAUUACUGAACAGGGCAGUGGGGUUGACGUAGAUGACCCUGAAGAGGAGAAUUCAGGUGAUUACUUUUUUGGGGGGUCAGCUACAUUUGUACCACUUACAAGUUCUCCUAUGAUGGCCACUACUGAAGCAGCUACAAAACAAAUCAUUUUGUCCUCUACUGCUGUUGCUAUUACUGAGGAGAGCUCAAGUGACCAAACAAAGUCCACAGAGGCUCUCUACAGUACUGAGAAACCAACAUCAGUGUCAACUGAAAUGGACACUUCAACAGUUCAAGAUAGCUCAGCUGAGGCAUUCACUCUGACGUCCUCUGUGUCAUCUUCAACUGUGUCAACUUCAACUCCACCUGGGGCUUUGCUUACAUCUUCAGGUUUAUUUAAAAUUGCUGAAAGUUCGGACCAUGCUAUCAGCAAACAACCCUUACUUUUGGAAUUAGUGCCUUCCUCCACAGGAGUAACUGAGCCACCUAUGAGUAGUACUGCUCCCUCCACAGGUACAAGCCCAGUGUAUAGAAAGGAGCAUGGUUCAGGUGACCAUACCACUGAUGUAUUUACUAAAGUGGAUGCUAUAGUGUCUUCAGUGUUCAGCACAAAGAAACCAACAAUAACAACAGCAUCUCAUGAAAGUGCAUCUGUUGCUACUACAGAAAGUACAGAGUCUUCCCUGUUUAGCACAGAGAAAUCUAAAACAGCAGAAUCAGACAAAAGUGGAAUAUCUGACAUUCCACAAUCUACUGUAACUGUAGCUUCUUCUCUCUACAGCACUGAAAAGCCAAAUAUAACAACAGUAUAUGGAGCCACAUCUGCCCAGUCAGUUAACAUGUCUGCAACUGAAAAAUCAACCCCAAGUCCAGCCUUUACUUUGACAGAGGGAGAGAGUUCUAGUGGCCAAACCGCUGAGAUGUUUACCUCAAAGCCAUCAGUGAUAGAAAGUGUCACAUUUGGAGAAGCAGCAGGUGAAACCGAAACCUUUGUUUCAGUUACACCAAUCUCUGGUGAGCAGGUUUCCUCACAGGAAGGUGAAAUUACUCCAGAAACAGAAAGCCCCAUCACACCUGAAGCAACAGAGCCUCAUGUUUCAAGCACUGGGAAAAAUGGUGUUACUGAAGCUGAGCACAUAACGCAAUCCUCCUCUACAACUAUGUUCCCCCAUACAGUUGCCGCUUCAGUUGGUGAUCACACUACAGUUGACUUCACCAGUGAACAUAAACAAGAUGGAUUCACAUCGAUGUCCACCCCCAUUCCCUCCAUUAUAUAUCAUAGUGUUACAGACCAACAGGUCGUGAUCAUCACUCCUAGUAGCAGCCAAGCCAAGACUGACCUUACUGAACAAACACCUACCAUGGUCCUACAUGUGUCUAAACCAUCGACCAGCACAACCAUCAUAUUCACAGAGGAUGCAAAAGAUGAAGAUGAGCUGUUCUCUGCAGAUACAGAUAAUAUAAGGGAAGGCAGCCCCACUCCAGAGCUUUUCACCAGAGAUGAUGCUAUCAUUAAUGCAGAUACUAUCUCCAUAGUUCCCUCCUCUUCAUUUUACCCAACCAUCCAGACAGAGGAAGCUGGAGGACUCACAGCAGUUACAAUUACACCAAAGCUUGAAGUAACAGAAGAAGGUUCAGGGACUGAUGGUGCUACCUUCUUUUCUCCUACACCAGUGACUUUACAUGAAGCCUCAGCCACUAAUUUGCCAUUAGCCUCAAUGUCUCCACUUCACUCCACUUCAAAACCAUCAACUGUAGAAGGCGUUUCUAGUAUGGAGACAUCCAGUGAAGAGACAGUCACAUCUGCUCCACAGGCCAGCCCAGCUAACACAGUGUUUACAAAGUCAAGCUCUAAAGAAACAUAUGCUUUAACUACACCACAUGCAUUUUCCCCUAUUGAAGCUCAUACCAAGUCAGUUCCAGAGCUGGUGAUGGAUAGUUCAUCAGGCGAGGAGACUGAUAAUGUCACUGAGUCUGUUACUGAGUUUGCCGCCUCCUCAUCUUUGCCUUCUCAACUUACCUUAACUGAAACAACAGAUACAAGCUCAGUCACUCCAGUUUCCAGUGAGGAGUAUAUGGUCAGCACAGGUGAAAAAGUAACAGUGAAACCGUCUGUCACUUCUGUGUCAGACGUUACUGAUACAGACACCUCAAGCGAUCAAACUUCAGCUUCAACAGUGAAGGUGCAACCAGUAACAUUUUCAGUUACCUCACCUGAACCUGGCACAGAGGAGACUGAAAUAGCUGUAUCAAGUACUGCUUCCAGUCUCUAUAGCAUUAGGAAGCCAACUGCCACAUCCUCUGUUGAUGUUACUGGGAAGGAUAAAUCAGAUGAUCACACUCAUGUGGAAGAACCCGUGACACAGACAGCUGCGCCUCUGCACAGUACAAUGAAAAUGGACCAACUGCUAUCUACAACAACGUUAUCUCCUCCCUCUAUCAACGAUAAACUUUCAGUGGCAAGUAACACAGAUGUUGCAAGUAUGGAUGGCUCUGGGGAUGAGAUCUCAGAUACCACAACUGCAUCACCUAAGACAGUGUCAUCUGAGAGUGAAAUAACUGUAGCCACUCCAGUAUCCCUUCUGUUCAGCACAGAAAAACCAAGCACAAUAACCCAUGAGGAUGAAACUCAAAUGAGUGAGAUAAUGACAGAUGUAGAGAAGGCAUCAUUGUCAGAGACAGUUUCAUACCCUAUUAAUGGAGCAACAUCAGCCCCAGAACAUGAAGAGAGCACAAGGGACCAUAUCACUUCUACAUCUACAAAAGAAUCCAUUCCUACAACCACAAUGUCUUCUGUACAAAGCACUUCAAAGCCUGAUGUGAUAAUUCAGUUUGUCACCACCUUUGCCCCAGAACUAGAUACAAAACCACCUGAGGUGUCCUUCCAACAGGCCAGAUCUGAGAUCACAUUCACUAAUCAUCCCCAAAUUGACAACUCCUCUGAGAAAACUGAGUUGGCCACAACCAGCCCAAUGUUACCCAAUGAGGAGUCAAACCAACACUUUGAACCUAGUGAUGUGACUCCCCAGACUGUAGUCACAACCACGCUACUGGAAUAUAAGACAGCUGAACCAAGCCAAGCAUCUAUAACCAAAGAAGUCUCAACUGAUGCAGAAGGUAGCACAUCUACUGAUGUUACAAUGACUUCACAUCCUACAGAUGAAACAGUAGAUUCUAAAGAGACAGAGACUGCUGGGGUUGAAUAUACAACUCCAAAACCUGCAAGUUCAGGGACGGAAGUAGUGGUCACCACAAAGCCAGAUGAACACAUUUCCUCUGAACCUAUUUCAAAUACUCCCCAAAAGUCAUUUGAACAAGCCAGGUCAGAGAUUGCACUAACACACCGCCCUCACACUGAUCUUUCUCCUCACAAUGUAUCACUGAUCACAACUCCCCCUAUGUUUGCAAGUCAUGUAACAAGCCAGAUUACAGAAUCAACAACUGUACCUACUACCUCGUCUUUGGUGGCUGAAGAUGUAUCUAGUUCCAGUUUUUAUCAGACAGAUGAGCCCCCAGAUUAUGACUCACCAAUCCCCAAUUUAGCUGAAGCAGAGCCGCAAAACAGUGAAACUAUAGCACCACAAAAAGUGUUUAUUACUACAACACCUGCCAUUCCUCUAACAUCUGAGAGUGAUCUUGUUGACUUUAUGCGUAAUACUGUACCUAGCUUAGAAGAAAAAGCAACUAAAUCACCUGUAGUUUCAGCAUCAGAAUCCUCUAGUUCCGAAAGUGGUUCAGAAAGCCGGAUCAGCUCAGAAGAAAGCAUGUCCACAGCAAGCACUGUUAAGUUGGAUGGUGAUGUGGUUGGCAAUAUCUCCUCUGUGCUUCUAUCUUCCACGACUAAGUCACCCUUUGUCCUUAGCAGUGGGGCUGAAAGUGGUUCUGUCAGUUCUGAGAGUGUGUCUGGAGAGAUUAUGACUACAAAGAAACCAAAGAUUGACAAUAUAUGGGAGCAGUCUCUGUCCCCAGAUAAAAUCCAAACUGUAUUCAAAUUAGAUGCUACCACAGCUUCAAAGAUGGAGUCCACUAGUGUUGAUAGUGCCACUGGAAAAGAAGAAGUUGUGGGAAAAAUUAAGGGAGAUGUCUCUCCUCACACUGAAAUACCCACUAGGGCUCAUACAGAGUUUACAACAGUGACACCAGCUAAAGCACAAAACCAGUCAGUGUCAGUUGCAUCUGUAGCCACCACUCAGCCAUCAUUUUCUAAGGAUAAUAUGAAGCUGGACAGUGACAUAACUGCAUCUCCAUCAUUUACUGGGGAACCAUUACCAAGAGGAGAAGAAACAACUGAGCUACCUGACACAGGAGUUGAUUUGGGACACACCGUCAUUGGUGAGACUGUUGAAAUUCCAGAAGUUCAAUCGUGCUCACAAAACAUUUGCUUGAAUGGAGGAUCUUGCUACAAGCGUGGCAGCAUCUCCACAUGUAGCUGUGCUCCUGGUUACAAUGGUGAUCUCUGUGAAACAGAUAUUGAUGAGUGCCAGUCAAACCCUUGCCGCAAUGGAGGUACAUGUGUUGAUGGGUUGGCUUCCUUUACAUGUGUGUGCCUCCCAAGCUACUCUGGGCUGCAUUGUGAGGAGGAUACAGAAACAUGUGACUAUGGCUGGCAUAAGUUUCAGGGCCACUGCUACAAGUACUUCCCCCAUAGAAGAAACUGGGACACAGCAGAGAGAGAGUGUCGCAUUCAGGGGGCUCAUCUGACCAGCAUCCUCUCCCACGAGGAGCAACAGUUUGUCAACCGUCUUGGACAGGACUACCAGUGGAUUGGCCUGAAUGAUAAGAUGUUUGACAGUGACUUCCGCUGGACUGAUGGCAGCCCUAUGCAAUAUGAAAACUGGAGGCCCAACCAGCCUGACAGCUUCUUCACUUCUGGCGAGGAUUGUGUUGUGAUGAUAUGGCAUGAGGACGGCCAGUGGAAUGAUGUUCCUUGCAACUACCACCUCACCUUCACCUGCAAGAAGGGCACAGUGGCUUGUAGCGAGCCCCCUCUGGUGGAGAAUGCACGUACCUUCGGUAAGAAGCGUGAGAGAUAUGAGAUCAACUCGCUGGUGAGGUAUCAGUGCCGGUCAGGCUUUAUUCAGAGGCACGUCCCAACUAUCCGUUGUCGUGGGGAUGGACAAUGGGAUAGCCCUAAAAUCUCUUGCAUGAAUCCAUCGAGCUAUCAGAGGACCUUUAUCAGAAGACAUCAACACAAUACUCUCUACAGCAUCAACAACUUCAAGAGAUGGCCGGAUGAGGCCUUCCGCCUUCAGCAACAGCGCUACCGAGGAAGGAGAGACAGGAAUGAACAUAAGCAGAAGAGACAGUGAUGGCCAUGUAACGUGGCACAGUUUCGCCGAGAUGAUAACACAUGGCUGAUGCUUGUGUCGAAAGAGGAACGGAUUCUCAAAGGAAAAGCACAAGAGAAAACUAAUCAAAGAAACCAAGAGGAUAACCAGCAGUGUGGUUGCAUUUCAGAUGACGAUGGAAUCUUAUGAAGUGCCUUUGAAAGAGAGGCUGAUACAUGACUUUUCUUAUCAAGGGGCACUGUUUUAUAACAAUGCCAAUGUGGAUAAAAUACUUUCAGCUGGCUACUGGAAAAGCAAAAAAUACACUCAUCAUUCUUUCUUAAACUGUGGAAGAUUUUUCUUUGUCCUUAGCUUAUCAAAUAAUACAAUCAUGACUGUUAUCUAAUACCUUUCUACACCAACCGUGCUAUUCAAAAUCACCAUAAGUGUUCCUUAUUCAUAGAAAAAAAAGCUGUUGUGAAAUUAUAGCGCUUAUAUUAUGUAAAGGAAUCCAUUAUGUUGUCAUGCUGUUUUAAGCUGGACUUCAUUUUAAUGAGCAUGCAUGCAAAUGCAUAUAUAUUGAAGUCCUCAUAAUUUUAAUAUGUUUAUUCUAUGUCAAGAGAUCCAAGUUUGGCUUCUCAGAACACAAAUGGAGGCAUCAUUGGCAAUGAUUGAUCAUGCAACAGAUUUUAACAGAGUUUAUAUUAGUAGAAUAUUAUAUCACAUACUUUUGACCUGUAAACCUUUACAAAGAAACUUGCUCCAGUUUUCAAAUCUAAUCAACAGAGACACUAAUCAUAUUCCUGAGAAUGGUUUCAUGGCUUUGCUAGCAGUAGUUAUUAAGAUUCCAGAUUAAUAAUACAGCCAAGUCUGGGGAAAUUUCACCAAGUCACUCAGUUAACUGCAGGAGACCUUCUUUGUAGUGGCAGCUUUCAAAGUACCAAAUUACCAUCUUUAAUUAACUCUUGCCUUGUUAAUUAAAGAUGUCAUCGAUAACUGUUGAUGGAUAGAUUUUCUUCUAUUUUUAAAAACUUACUGAUAUACCUUUUGUAAAAUGUUUUUUUCAAUUUAAUAUGAGAGAGUACUUAUCAACAAAGCCUCUAUCCACUGAUUGGGAAUUGUUGUCCAUCAACCUUUGAAAUGUAAAAAGGGAAGUGUGGCUCAAGUAGCCUGUAUUUUCUGCUUGUGUGUUUGGUGAUAACUUACAAUUAGUUGCUACAGCAUGUUUACAAUACCUGUUAUGCUGUUCAUAAGUAUACACCAAAGAGUCUUGCUCUCAUCUGUUGUUGUCAUUCUGUAGCUUGUGAUGGUUUUAUAGGUAAUGCUUUUCUUCUGCACACUUUUCUGUUAUUGUGGUCAAUUGGAAUCAGCCAUUGAGAGAAUGUAUUUUGUGAAACACUCAAAAAGACUUGAACGUAACGGCUGUUUAGGCAGAGAUGCAUAUAAUUUAUUUUCAAGCUGCUCUUGAUCUCCUUACUUGUUUUAUACUCACAGGUAAAAUAUGAUGUUGUCACCUGGCCCAGCAGUGCUCUUCAUAUAUUUUUAUUGUUUGUACAACAGGAGACCAGCCACAAUCACAGACUGUCUAAAAGGAAUGCAAUGAAGAUGAAAAAUGACUCAACAAUACAAUGGAUUUAUACGUUUUUUUUUUUAUCAUGCCAGAAGUGGACCAAAGAAUAUGGAGGGCCCAAUCGGCUGCAAUACUGUUAAAAAUGUUUGUACAUGUGGAUGGUUAUGUGUCUCCAGCAUUUUUUAAAAUAGAAAAUGUGUUUGUUUUGUCUGCCUGUGAAUGUGUGUGUGUGUGUGUGUGUGUGUGUGUGUGUGCGUGUGUAUGUAUGUAUUUCAGCCUUAAUGUGCAUAUAAUAUCCUUUUAUAUUUAUAACAGUUUGUUUUUUUAUUUUACAAUGUGAAUGUCUGGGAUGUUUGUGAUUUUUUUGUGAGAUCAAACUGUUUUUUCCUGCUUUAAAUCACCAAAGAAAUAAAAUAUAUGGAUAUUAUAUGUAUACUCAUAA